AUGCAUCCAACCCGCCUUCUCCUCUCUGCUGGCAUGCUGGCCUGCGCCGGCACUGCUUUGGCGCAGCUCAACUUUGAGACCGAUGCCACGCUACACGACUACCCUUCUCUGGCCGACGGCCGCGGCAAGUACAACCCUCCGUGGUGCGAAGUGGGCUAUGACAGCCUCGACCUCAACAGCAUCACUUCCUACUGUGCCAUUGACAAGUCCACGUGUGGCGCCUGCCUCAACGUCUGCGGCUCCAAGGGCUGCAAGUACCUCCUCGCUAUCGACCAGUGCAGCCGCUCUGACGGCCUGCUCGACAUGAGCACGGGUGCUGGCCAGGAGGUUGGCGGCGCUACUACCGGCCACCUCCAGGUGAAGGUCACCCAGGUCGAUGCCUCCAAGUGCAAGCACAUCUGGAAUGGCCAGAUGUACUUCUCCUGGGCGGCGCCCAAUGGCGGCUUGGCUACCUUGAAGUCCGUGAUCGAUAGUGAGCCCAAGACUGCCAACCGUGUGGUCGACUACACUGCUGCUCCUAUCUCUACUUCUAGCCAGUCUCCCUUGACGCUUGUAUCUUCGACGUCUUCUGCUAAAGCAUCUUCUAUUGAAUCGCCCUCCACCGAGGCACUCUCCACUGAGGUGUCCUCUACUGCGGCAAGGCCUGUCUCCGAAAACUCGGUUACUACGGAGACCAAGGCCGCCUCAGAGUCCUCUAGUUCCACUGAAACUAAGGCUUCUCGUUUGGGCGCUGCUCACGCUCAACCACAGUUCACCUCUAAGUACUCCAGUCCCACUGAAACCAAAGUUUCUUCAGUGGACUCUGCACCUGCUAAACCUGCGGUCACCUCUGAGUAUUCCAGCCCUGCUGAGACCGAGUCCCCCUCGACGUAUGCAAUCCCUGCCAACACUGCUUCUUCGCCGUCUGUCAAGAACUCUCCAUCUUCCUCUACUCCGAAGCAGUCUGAGAUCGUGCCCGCCUUUACGUCGCCCACCCCCGCUACGACCGCGUCCUCGUCACCCGCAGAGGACUCUCCGUCUUAUACUGUUCCGCAGCAGUCUAAGACAGUCAACCCGGACGCUGCAAUGACCAGUGAGCCACGCAUUCCGACAAACGACGACAGCGACACUAAGACGGAUCUAGGCCCGGACCCCAAUGGAGCUGGUGGCCGUAUAAUGAUUGGAAAUCAGGAGUCGGGUUCACGUACCGUUACUUCGUUGGAUGGUGAAUCCGAAGAGUGCGUCACGAUCACGUCCACAGUCCCUGGCUCUAUCAUUCAUUAUACCGUCACCAUUGGACGUGGCAGCCAGAAAACUAUCAACCAGUCCCCAUCUUCAACUACUCAGGGUGUCUUUGCCGAAAACGCUGCCAGUGACUCAACAAGGAAAGCGACGACUCUCGUCCGCUCCACCUCAACCAUUUGGUAUACACAGACCACCAUCUCUACUGGUUGCCUAUCUGGCGGUACAGAGUGCCCUGAGUCCCUUCGUACCACGUGUACAAGCACCAUGCUCAGUGCCGUGAGGACAUACAUGGCCGUCCCUGUAUACGCUACACCUUCUCAAGGCGGCCCUGACAACAUCAACGGCAUGCAUGCGGUUGAGCCCCCCAACGCUGAAGUGUCUGCGGGUGCCCACGCGGCCGGUGUCAAGGAGAGGAGUGAAAUUUCGGCACCCGCUCCCCACGCAAAGAGGUCCGCUGCGCCGGCCCCUGCUGGAAGCCACAUCUGGGAGGCUAUCAUGGCGCUGAGUGGCCUUAUUGCUCUGGCUGUUUUAGCCCUAUGA